AUGGUUUGCAGGCCAGUCAAACAAAUUAAAGUCAAUUCACCAUUGUUUUGGCGCCCGUUAUCCAGCUCUCUUAAGUGGGAUAAAUACAACUGUUCUAGCUUAACUCUUGGACAUGCAUCUAAACACAAUCCCUCUAGUAUUUAUUCUAGAUUUAAUGAGAGUCAGACAUACAGCACAAAGAUUGGCAGAGGUAGACUCUACAAUUAUAUUAAGAAAAGCGAUCACGGGAACGGUAAUCAACAAAUUUUGACCCCCGUUCCGGACUUCCCACAGCAUCAGGUUGAAUUAUUUAGUAGCGAAAUUUCGAGUGGUAUGAUAAGUCGGGUUCGGGAAAAUAAUGUUCGUUUGCCACCUUGCAGUAGCAAUGUAUUGUAUACUAAAACAAGUCGAUUUAGGCUUGCAUUUAAGUAUAACUCGCAGCUUGUCACGAAGUUUUCCAUUAAGAAAAUGAACCGGCAUAAUAUACCUCGUCCAUCUGCAUACCAGUACAAGAAGAUUGUCCAGAAAGCUGUCCAUAGCUUGAAGUUCCGUCGCCGUAUGGUUUGUCAAAGUUACUGCAGGACUGGGUUUUGCUCUGCGCAGCAGUGUUCUUACUCACACGAUGAAAAUUAUCUACGUAUCUGUCCAAGGUUUUUACAACAAAGCUGUUCUCUGGGAAGCGAAUCUUGUCCACUUGCUCAUGUAUUAGAUCCGUGUAGACUGCCACAAUGUACUUACUAUGAGUCUGGGAAGUGCGAACGUCUUCACUGUCCUUAUUUACAUGUGAGGCACCCUCCAAAGACAGCUAUAUGUUCGGAUUUCUCUCGUGGACGUUGCCCUCUAGGUCGCUUGUGUAUUAAGCGCCAUAUAUGGAUGCAAAAGUCAUUUUCGAACAAGUCUGGUCAUCAGAAAUUAUCUAAAUUAACAAUUGUUUCUAAAAAGGCCUGUAGAACAUUAGUUACCAAACUAGGAGAUACUUCUGAUCAUAAUUAUUCUGGUCCUGUUGCUGCUCCAGCUGGUUCACUGCGCAACGUAUAUCCUCCUCCGGAAUUUAUUCCUCUGAUCUCAGACAAUGAUGAUUCUAUGACAGGUGCAGAUGCAAAUUGUUCUUGA